CGGGAGGGUGUGCCUCGCAUGCGGCCGGCCGGGUGGCCGGGGGAGGGGGGGCAGGGCCGGCAGCGGGAGUCCUGUGGAAGGCCCGCGGGAGGACACGCGCGAGCGCCCGGCCCCGCUCCCGUCGUCGCGAAGCUGCCUUGUCUCCGGCCCCGCCGUCGUCCGCUCCACCUCCGCCGUCAGCCACCACUCUAGCGCCUGCUGGCCGCCCCGGAACCGUCCGCGUUGAAUAAAACGUUCUCCAAAGCUUGUUUGUGCAGUUAUCUGGACCACGGUCGCAUACAACCGCUCUCACGUUAAAAAAAACCAACAAUCUUUGACUUCUCUUUUUCUGACUUCAGCGAAAAUCCUGCUCCGGGUGCCCUUUAGCCCUGUUUCAUUCAUCCAAGUUGUGACCUUUUUUUUUUUGCUCCUCCGGAAGGAACUUGUCUCCCCCUGCUUUUGAUUGCACAUGAGGGUUGGUUCAGUAGGCUUCACUAGACUUAGCUGCAACUCAGAAUUUCUCCUCCAGCACCUGUGUAAAUGCUGAUGGUCUUGUGGAGAGUGGAUUAAAAGUACGAGCUAAGUUCUCAAUCCCAAUUAAGAAGCGGAGGAAAAUUUAAACUGUCUCCUUGAAAGUUUAUCACAACCAUCACCAUCAAGACAGCAAACCAAAGGACAAAGACUUUGACCUGCUCUGUUGCUCUGUGUAGUCCGGUUCACGUAUGGUUUACAGACUUGGCUGGGGUACUAAUGAGUAAAUAAAAAGUCGGACACUCCUGUCAUUGGACACUUUUAUUCACAAAGUUUCCAAAAUGAGGGCUGUACUGGAGACAGCAGACAUUGCCAUAGUGGCCCUGUAUUUUGUCCUGGUCAUGUGCAUUGGUUUUUUUGCCAUGUGGAAAUCUAAUAGAAGCACCGUGAGUGGAUACUUCCUGGCCGGGCGCUCUAUGACCUGGGUAGCAAUUGGUGCCUCUCUGUUUGUGAGCAAUAUUGGGAGUGAGCACUUCAUUGGGCUGGCAGGAUCUGGAGCUGCAAGUGGAUUUGCAGUAGGCGCAUGGGAAUUCAAUGCCUUACUGCUUUUGCAACUUCUGGGAUGGGUUUUCAUCCCGAUUUACAUCCGGUCAGGGGUAUACACCAUGCCUGAAUACUUGUCCAAGCGGUUUGGUGGCCAUAGGAUUCAGGUCUAUUUUGCAGCCUUGUCUCUAAUUCUCUAUAUCUUCACCAAGCUCUCAGUGGAUCUGUAUUCGGGUGCCCUCUUUAUCCAGGAGUCUUUGGGUUGGAACCUAUAUGUGUCUGUCAUCCUGCUCAUUGGCAUGACUGCUUUGCUGACUGUCACCGGAGGCCUUGUUGCAGUGAUCUACACAGACACUCUACAGGCUCUGCUCAUGAUCGUUGGGGCACUCACACUUAUGAUUAUUAGCAUGAUGGAGAUUGGCGGGUUUGAGGAAGUUAAGAGAAGGUACAUGUUGGCCUCACCCAAUGUCACUUCCAUCUUGUUGACAUACAACCUUUCCAGCACCAAUUCUUGUAAUGUCGACCCUAAGAAAGAUGCACUGAAAAUGUUGCGGAAUCCAACAGAUGAAGAUGUUCCUUGGCCUGGAUUCAUUCUUGGGCAGACCCCAGCUUCAGUAUGGUACUGGUGUGCUGACCAAGUCAUCGUGCAGAGGGUACUAGCAGCUAAAAACAUUGCGCAUGCCAAAGGCUCUACUCUAAUGGCUGGCUUCUUGAAGCUUCUGCCAAUGUUUAUCAUAGUUGUCCCGGGAAUGAUUUCCAGGAUACUGUUUGCUGAUGAUAUAGCUUGCAUCAACCCAGAGCACUGCAUGCAAGUGUGUGGAAGCAGAGCUGGGUGCUCUAAUAUUGCUUAUCCACGCCUGGUGAUGAAGCUGGUUCCCGUGGGCCUCCGGGGCCUGAUGAUGGCAGUGAUGAUCGCAGCUCUGAUGAGUGACUUGGACUCUAUCUUUAACAGUGCCAGUACCAUAUUCACCCUCGAUGUGUAUAAACUCAUCCGCAAGAGUGCAAGCUCCCGGGAACUAAUGAUCGUGGGGAGGAUUUUCGUGGCUUUUAUGGUGGUGAUCAGCAUUGCAUGGGUGCCAAUCAUCGUCGAGAUGCAAGGAGGCCAGAUGUACCUUUACAUUCAGGAGGUAGCAGAUUACCUGACGCCUCCAGUUGCAGCCCUGUUCCUUCUGGCCAUUUUCUGGAAGCGCUGCAAUGAACAAGGGGCUUUCUAUGGUGGAGUGGCUGGCUUUGUUCUUGGAGCAGUCCGUUUGACACUGGCCUUUGCCUACCGUGCCCCAGAAUGUGACCAACCUGAUAACAGGCCAGAAUUCAUCAAAGACAUUCAUUACAUGUAUGUGGCCACAGCAUUGUUUUGGGUCACAGGACUCAUUACUGUAAUAGUUAGCCUUCUCACACCACCUCCCACGAAGGAACAGAUUCGUACCACCACCUUUUGGUCAAAGAAGAGCCUGGUGGUGAAGGAGAGCUGCUCCCCGAAAGACGAACCGUACAAAAUGCAGGAGAAGAGCAUUCUGAGAUGCAGUGAGAAUAGCGAGGCCAUCAACCACAUCAUUCCCAAUGGGAAAUCUGAGGAGAGCAUUAAGGGCCUUCAACCUGAAGACGUUAAUCUCUUGGUGACCUGCAGAGAAGAGGGCAACCCGGUGGCUUCCUUAGGUCAUUCAGAGGCGGAAACACCAGUAGAUGCGUAUUCCAAUGGGCAGGCAGCGCUCAUGGGUGCGAAAGAGAGAAAGAAAGAAACAGAGGAUGGAAGCCGGUACUGGAAGUUCAUAGAUUGGUUCUGUGGCUUUAAAAGUAAGAGCCUCAGCAAGAGGAGUCUCAGAGACCUGAUGGAGGAGGAGGCAGUUUGUUUACAAAUGCUGGAAGAGCCUCCCCAAGUUAAACUAAUACUGAAUAUUGGACUUUUUGCUGUGUGUUCACUUGGAAUUUUCAUGUUUGUUUAUUUCUCCUUAUGAACUUUUAAGGAUGUGAUGAGACACUAACUUAAGAAAAUACUGGUCUUUGAAAAACUUAACUGUUGCAUCUCUCAGGCAUUGUUUACGCUGUAGGUUUUAGCCAAAUUUUACUUAGCAGAAAAUCAUCUAUUUGCAAGACUUUAUUUUCCCAGAGAUGGAUGAAAGUAAAAUUUCAACCUAAAUGAAGCAAAACUUGUUUAACAGACUGAAUUGUGCAAAUGUGGUUUAAAAAUUUUCAUACCAAAGUCAGGAGAGACCAAUUAUUCUUAUAGAGCACUUAGAGCAGAAUAUAUGCUAGGCUGUCAUGAAGAAGGUAUACUGUGUGCACUUCCGAAUCUUGGUAGACCUGAACAAGUAGAAGACUUGCUCAUUUCCAAAUUUGUCUCUGUAAUCCCUACUGCCAUUUAAAAAAACAAACUGAAUUCGUAGACAUUGUGUAAUCAGUUAUGUACUGAAAAUCUAAUGUGCUAGUGGGGUACUUGUUUCAGGACAAGUUAGUUAGUUGCCAGGUUCAUUUUGUUAGCAUGAGCCUAUGGAUUCUGAUUGCCAAAAGAAAGGAAGAAGACUGUCUUCCUGUAGCUAUUCUUGUACCACCAGUAUCUGGAAUGUUGGGAAAAAGUUUGUUCCAGUUCCUUUUUUUUCCCUGUUUUAACUGACAUUUAGUGAAUCAUACUCAAGUGACCACCAAGUCUGUCUUUAUAAAGUUAGAUGUCAUGAUUGUAUUGUUAAAUGAUUAUGGGGGAGAAGAUGAAGUAAACAUUGCUGAUGAUCCCCACUUUUAUUGACCGAAUCAAGGUUGUUUUAAUAGUUUGGGAAUCAGCAGCCCGUAAGCAGUGUUUGAUCAACUUAUGCUAAACAGGUGAUUGAUGACUCAUACUCCACUGACUGUCUAGAUAUGUUCUUAUCGUUUGGUAACAUUUUUUAUUAGCCAGAUGUCUUCCCAAGUAGAUCCAGUUGGAAGAUGUAUCCAGAAAUUUGAAGAAAAAUUGACACUGCCUUUGUGCUGGGUUGCCCUGCUUGAUUAGAUCACGAUAUAUUGAGGUUGAGUUAUUGAUGGAAAAUUUAAUUCUGAGAUCAUAUUGUAUUCUUGAUGAGUUUUUUUUCUUGAUAUCCUUUUUUGUUUUUUUCAGAAGACUUGCCAUCUAUAACCGGCCUUUAUGUUUUUGCUUAAAAAGUUACAGUGACUUUUGGAGCAUGAGGAUGUUUCAAAGCAAACUGGUCAUCAGUAACCGAAAACUCAGAGUGCAUGCUUUGCCAUGGGUAGAUUGUCAGUAUAGUUUUUCUGUAGAAUGGGUAGCAUGUUCAAAAGGUGCCAUGAACAAGAAUUUCUGGGUUUAGUGGUGUGUCUUGUGGAGGAUAUUACAGGACUUGUGUAAUUACAGGACCCUUUAUCUUGACAUGGCUUGGUACACAGUUGCAACCUUCAUAGAUGGGAAUCUUUUUCACAGGCUAAUUCCCCUUCAUGAGGACAGGGUAAAAAAGAUGUGAGAGCGAAGCGCUACAGAUACUGUAGUUCUGUGUCUGCGUGUAUGCAACACUGUCCUUUUUUAAAACUCCAUGACAGAUGAAGGAAACUAAUUGUGUAUCUACUUUCUUUGACUUUUCUGUAAUUGGAUACUUUUUAAAUUGCAUGAUUUUAUUAAGCUAUAUUUAGGGAAAUUAUUACUUUUUUAGAUACUUUUGUAGAUUUUGAAUCAAAACUCAGUCCUAAUGACUUUAAAUUUUUUGUAUUCUAUAAACAAGUUUCAUUGUGAUGGACUUGAUUAGUCCAAAGUUGAUUUUAGAAAUUAUCAGGUAGCAUAAUGUCUUCCCAUCUCCAGGAGGCUUUCUAAUGGACUGAGUCUGUAGGUGAAAACAUAAUUCAUGUAUGACUAGCAUGAUUUCUGAGAGCUUAGAGUGCCUUGUAGAAUUUUUUUCUCAAUUUCAUUCUUAAAGUUUGUAAGUUGGGGGCCAAACAAAUAGGGACCAUUCUUUUCUUAUAUGGAGGCUGUGACAUGUCCAAGGUUACCAAGUCCACUGGGAAGAACAGAAAACCAGGCGUCCAAAUCUGGAUUCAUGGUGUGUCUAUGGUUUUGUCCUUUUUUUUUCCUCUCAAAGAACUGUUCUUCCUUUGAGACAACAUUUCGAUAUUUGGGGAAAUAAUAGGAUCUUAGAUUUUCAAACUGGCAUUCAGUUGUAGGAAUUAAAAUUUUCUUUGACUCGGAACACACUGCUGUGUAACUCAGUAGUGAGGAUUGACAUAUUGGCCGGGCAGCCUUCUUACUGUUUAUUUACAGCAUAAUAGGUGGUGUUUAUGUAGAUUCCUCCCCCCUUAUUUAAUGUUGAUUCUUAAUACUUUGGAUUAUUAGGGUCCCCUUACCUUCUGUCUGCUGUUGUCUUAGUAUGAUACAUAAAAUAACCAUCGUGUGUCUAUUUGUGUGUAUAUAGCAGUAAGUCAAGUUUAGAGUACUCAUGCCUGUAAAUAAGGAAUGACUAUUAGCAUAUCCAUUAGGAUUGUUUAUUCUUGUCAGUAUAAACAUCACUUUAUUUAGACUGAAGUCCCUGAAGCUUGUCCUUCUUAUUGCUUCCCAGAAAUAGAUAAUGUGCUUGAAAGUAUGUGAAUUCUGAUUGCAACUUCAUUUCAGGGGACCAUACUUCAGUCUAUAUUUCAUUAGAAUGACUGACUGUUCACGGAAUGAUACAUGGUCUAUCUUAAGCUAGCAGAAUGUUCAUACUUUACACUAAUGGGUCCUAAAUGAUGUCAUUGGUCUCUAGACAUUAACAUGUAUAUAUUUUUAUAUUGGCUCAAGCUAAGGUUCAGAAUUGACUAAGUGUGGUAGUGACUAAAAUAGUUAGCUAAGAGUCAAAAGUGAAGACCCUUUGGUCUUCAGAGGUGGAGAAAAAUGUCUCAUCUGCUGUGAAUGGUAGGUAUCCCCAGUUCUUAGAUUUUUGUCCUCUCAAGCAAUCUUAGUCUCAAGAUGUAAUGAGAAGAGUUUAUUACUCUGGUAUGCAGAAUGAUUACAUUAAUUCCUUCGUGGGACCUCUAAUUUCUCUGUUCAUCUAAGAAUUUUUUUGUCCUGCAACCCCAAGAUAGUAAGUGGCUUUUGAAAUCGCUGAGCCAGUCUUUUUCCCUGGCGAUUCUUUCCUGGUGAGGUUAUCACUAUUUAAGUUAGAGAAGCAUCAAGCAAUAGCCAUGGUGCUGUGUCCUUAUGCCUAAAUUCAGUUCUGAUCCAUCUCCCAAAGCUUCCUUUUCUCUUGGCUCAAAGGAUCCAUUGUCUUUUUGGGUCACAUAGCGAUAGCUCUUAGGGAUGGCACCUCAAGUAAUUAGCAGGGACCCAUCACUUCGUGAAACUUCACAUUUUAAGAAUUGAGUGGAAAGGUUGUUAGUUCUCUAACCUUAGGCUAAGUGAGGGUGAGGGAAGCUGAAACGUCUUGUCCAGGGUUAUUAGUCUUUAAUUUUCUGUGUUUCUCAUUCCAUCGCUUUCUUCCCUGUACUGGGUGCAUGGAUCUUCCCCUCUCUCUGAAUAUCACUUAAUGUAGCCUAUGGGUUAUUUUUCUCAUUCCUUAUCACCCUGAAGACUAACUAUAUUAUUAGCUAUUAAAAGGUUAGACCUGCCAGUGUUCCCACUUGGCAGUAUUCAGCUUACUUGCUUUCCUUAUACUUCAGUUUCAUCUGUCAUCACUGUCAUUUUCAUCUGAGGUAUAGUGGCUGGAAAGGACCAUAUGGGUGUCUAGUAGUGAUACCUCACCAUUCCCCAGGUUUGGGUUGAGAGAUGUACAAAGACCAUUCCUUCUGUUAAAUUAUGUGACUACAGAGACUUGCCAGGACAAAAAUUUUCCUAAGACAAAAAGAACUGUUGAAUGAGAUGCUGAGAAGUACCUGGGUGAUACAGACUGAACAAGUUGGUUAAACGAUAAACAUUAGCUUAAAAUGUGCAGACAGAAUUAUAUUCAUUGAAUUCUAGAACUUGAAGCAUCUUGGCUAUCAGCUAGUUUAAACCCCUCCCCAUAUAGAUUAGGGUACCAGUGAAUAAGAGCCAGCCUAUUAAACCCUGGUUUGAGGUUAAAUAUUGAAAAGUAUGAGUUUCUUAACAUAUUUGAGGUUAAAAUGACUGAUCUUUGAAGUGAUACUUCAGAAAAAAAUGAUUUUAGGCUUCAGUAUUCAUAAGAUUUCUCAUUAGCCAGGUGUUUACAUUGCUUAAGUCGUUUCAGUGUUGACAUUAGCCUGAGUAGACUUCAUAAAUGGGGUAUAUUUCUAUUUUUGUGUAUACCCACCUACCGUUCAGAGAGACUGGUCUUUUCACUUUAAUUCUUCACCUAUUCUUACUUUUCAACACUUAUCAGAUUCCUGUUUUGAUCUUUUGUCAGUUUAAUGCACUUUCAGGCUUAUUGCCAUGGUGUGCACAAGUGCUGCUUUGCCCCAGUUUUGGAAACUCGUUCCAAAUAAUGAUUCAUUAAAUAUAGUUGUGUUUAAUAAAAAUUUUAUUAGCUUAAACUGUUAAUUCUCAAGAAUGAUUUUUUCAGACUUUAUGUUUACUAUUAAUAAAAGCCCUAUGAAUUCAUCAGUUUUUUUAUUCUCAAAACUCCUUUUUCAAAAAUUAAGGAGGCAGUAAUAGUUAAAAUUCAUGAGUCCCUUUGAAAUGAUGGUAUCACAGAGCUGAGAGGAACGGAGUUUGUUUUGAUGCCAAAAAGCCUUGUUCUUGCUGUAAUUAAAGGUAAAAAGUUGGAACUAGUCAGUAGGCAUAUAUAGAAACCCUUUUGUACUAGUUGGGUAUGAAGCUGGAUUGCAUGACAAGUAGUCUUUUGAUUACUCCAUCCACUUGGUUAGACUUGGUUGACUUAACUCAAGGCUGCAAACUCCUUUUCUUUCAUUAAGGACACUUCUCUUAAUUAGGUGUGCGUUUUGUCAAACUCUCCCCUCUGUUGGAAGACUAGGUGUUCAGCUCCUUUGAUUCCUAGAACAGAAUUUAGCUAAGGUUCAAAAUAGUUAAUAGGCUUUGCCAGUGCUGAGCCCCACACCAUUAUUCACUUAGUCACAGAAGUGUUUUUGUUUAAACUUCUCUUUCCAGUGCUGGGAAUAAGGCUUUAAACUACUGAUUCACCUUUAAAGGAAUGUUGUGAGAAUUAAUGGAAUUUAUAUUUCUGUUUCCAUCUCAAAUCCUUUAUAAGAUAGGAUUUAGUUUUUUGCUUUGGGUGUAAACACCGCAUUUAUCUGAUAACUAGCCACCUUAACCAUUGGCAUAUAGUCUUUUACUCAGAAAUAAAAAACAUUUGAUGUAUCUGUAUCAUUAUUCAUCCCAUGAACUCUACUUUCUAGGGCAGUACCAUAAUCUGAAGCUGUUGACUUAAACCGUUAACUUUAUUUUAUGUAACAACGUUUUAAGUUUGGUUUGGUUACCUGGAUUCAUACAGCGUGUUUGAAGAGAGGGAUGCAAGAAUAAAUAAAGCAACUGAAGUGCAAAUCAAGACACACAGCACAGUGGUCUCAGAUUCCUCUUAGUGUAGUAGCAAUGGCUUUGCUCUCCUCAGUGAAGCUCUAUUCCGUAAUUGUUACCCAUGAUGGUAAUAUCCCUGCCCCUGCCAAUUCGAGACAGUUUGCAUUCAGAGAACUCUUACCAAUAGGGGAAAUAAUAUAUUUCAUUGAUUCUGGCAACAGCACAAGUUGACAACUAGUAGAUAACCAUAACCUUACUGGAGACUUAUAUUUUAUAUCUUGGUAAAUUCACCUUGUAUCCCAGUGUUGCUGGACAUAGGUGUGUUUACUUUUCAUUAUGGCCUCUGGACUUAAACCAGUCUGGUUAAUUUUUCAAUAUACCAGUGUAGCCUAGACUUAAACUUUAAGUGGAAUGUUCCUUAAUAAUUCACUUUUUUUUUAUUGUUAUAAUAGUUGGAAACUGAAAUUAAGCUCAUUGCUAUUACUGAAAUCCCAGAUUGGCAAAGGCCAAUGUAUAGGGUAUUCCAUGAUAUAUAAUCAGCUUCUGAAAUUUGUAGGUUUUGAUUCGUGCUUUCUGGUUGCCAAUAUUGACUCUGCUAUUUCAUACCUUUCUUGAUGGAAAAUUCUUGUUACAGAUUCUCUUUUUGAAUUUUGUUAUAACUAGUAAAGGAAGUAAAAAAAAAUAAAAUAAAAAUAAAAACAAACGUUUAUAUUUACAUACUUUAUAUGCAGUCUUUAUUUAGGUUCAGAGAAACCAGGUAGCUCUAAUUCAUGUUGCCGCUUAAACAUUAUUUAUUUAUCUAUAUUUGUUUCUUUCCUUAAUUAAAAAAUACAAGGUUACUUAUAUUAAUUCUGUGAGUAUAUUUUAACUUGAUCGUUUUCCAGUGUAGGUUUGAUAGGUAUAUCUGAGAACUUGUAUGUGACCACAGUUUCACAUUCCGUGAUAGGGAAAAAGCUUAAAGUAAAGGUCCAUAGAAAGCACAAAAUUAUGUUCACACGUGUGUAUCUCCACAUGUAGAAAGCACAAGACUAACAGUAUUCUCGUAUCCCACAAGUGCCAGUCAUAAAGCCCACCAGGCGUGUGUGUGUGUGUCCGGGGAGGUGUUAGGAUGGCGGAGCACGAUACUGAAAGCUCUAGACAGUGAGGUAUCUAAGUUAUGGGCCCUAAAUGAAAAGUAAUUCAAUGUAGUAUUUUGAAUAAGUUUGUGUUUCUUUGGUGGAGGGAGAGAAUACAAAUGUCAAGAAUUUUGCAGUUAUAUUUGGGGGUUACUAGCUAAAAUGGAGUCUGUGGGCUCUUUCCUGCAAUCUGGAAGUAAGGAAACAGGACAGACUUGUAGGUUUUUGGUGGGUGGAACAGUUUGACAAACAGAUUCUGCUUUAAGCUGUAGAGCCACUGGAGUUUUUUUAUCUUAAAUCUUGAGGAAAUUUAACUUCCCAUCAAUAGUACACUAAAAACAUGGAGAAAGUUUGCAUUUUAACAGGGCAAAUACUACUUGUCUUUAAUGUCUGUAUAGGUUUGUAUGUAAGAGAUGAAAUUAACUUUAUUUUUUCAUAUACUUGACUGCACUUCAUAUUAGUAGAGCAGAAUUUGAUCCAGGUGUUCCGAGCAUCAAGCUAAGUCUGAGACAAAUCUGCCAAAUUAACUCUUUUGCUUUUCACAAUGGUUGUAAGAAUCCAAAGGAUUCUUUGGCCUGUCCCAUUACCUGUUUCAGGACUAGAAUAGAUGAAAUCUGUGAAUGUGUGUGCAAAAGAAAAGGCUGUGUUUUGACUCCACGUGGCAUUGCCCCUAUCUCACCCCUAACUUUCUUCACCUAAAUAUUCCCUGUUUAUCAAGAAUGAAUAAAUGUGUCUUUGUUUGGGUUUUGACCAUAUGUCCAAUAAUAUAAAACUCACAAUGGGAGAGAACUGACUACUUUUGUUCCCACUCCCCUCUAGUUUGUAUAUUUAUCUUAGGGAAAGACUUGGUCAACUCUAAUAACAUAUGGAAUUAAGAUUAAAGCUGAUGUACACUAAUGUGACAUGUUUUAGAAGACUUAACCUGAACACUUCGAGGGAGAGAUUCUCCCAGCAAAAAGUAGCCAGGUGUGUACCUACAGCAUUAUUUUAGAAUGUAAAACCUCAGGCUUUGUGGGAUGAGGGGAGAGGAGAGCCAGAAAUGCAGGAGAAAGGAGAGGUUUGAGGAACAUCUUUGGCUUAGCAAUAUGUGAGAAGGCAAAGUAGUUACAACCUGUUAGUCCUAUGUUGUAUUGUUUUGUACCUUUAAAUGUUGUUUUUAAAUUUAAAAUAGUUUGUAAAAACUUAAUGCUUCUCAAGAUUCCUUUGUCAGAAUAUCUUUUGUUUAUAUAAUUCCUUGGAAAAUUGCUUUAAUUAUAUAGGUGAAAGUAGUCCUAGCAGUGUAAAUAUGUAUAAUUAGAAUUUUCUAAUUUCACUGUGAGAUCUCUAACUUUUGAGUGGCAAACAGAUCAAUAAGUCUUUUGCUCAUGGAUUUUUCUGUGGGGUUGUUAAAAUGCAAAAGCUUUAUUUUUUUUAAUAAUGACAUAUUACAUUAGUGUCAGAUGAUGGUAUGGAAUCUGUUCCCCUGCUUUUCCCCACCAUUAUUGCUUCAGUUUAUAGAUUGCCAACAGAGUUCAGGAAUAGAGCAGGGAUUUACCCAUUCUUUGCUUGGACAUCCCUUUUUCUGUUGCCCAGACCUAUGUUGGCAAUCACAUAUGAACUGUGUUAUGCUUCUCAGUGCUUUUUUUGUUUGUUUGAUAAGGUGGAUAUCAAAAAUAGUUGCUGUGCAAAAGUUAGUAGUCUUCUUCAAGAAGAAAACCAAUUCCUUUUCUAAUAUCCUGUGAAAUUGCUUCAUUCAUUUCUUUAUUUUUAAGCCAAAUGUCAGCAGAGUACUGCUGCUUUUAUCUAGUAAUUUUGAUAUGUAGGUAUUAAUGCAUUUUUAAAAGAUGUCUACAUUGAAAAAUGUUUUUCCAGUGUCCUGCCUGUUACACUUUGUUCACAUUUUCUGUAAGAGACCAGCCUGUACACUGGGGGUGUGCAGUGUGUAUUGUGUACAUGUAUCAUUUCAUCAGUUAUGCAUUGUAGACCAAGUGUGAUUAUUAAUGAAGUUGUUGCGUUAUUGGUGAGUUUUUUGAAUUGUAAACUAAUUUCCAGUGUACCCUUCAUUGUCUACAGCUUUUUUUCUUUUGUUUUUUUUUUAAGGUUUGACUAGUUGGGUCUAUCUCAUGCAGUGUUUUAGUUGCAAGCAGAAAGUAGAAUUUGAUAUAAACCAGGUUCAAUAUUUCCAUAUUGAAAAGAAUACAAUUGAAACUGUAGAUUUAGGAUUGUUAACCAUACAUGACAGUUCUAACUUGACUAUUCUAACCUACUGUAUACAAUCUGAUUUUUUAAAUUAUAGACAUGUAUGAUCUUGGUUUAAUGUGUUUUUAAAAGUGUUAUUGUUUAAAAAAUGAAAAAAAUGAAGCAGUUCUGCUAAAGAGCUGUCAGUUUUCAUUACUGACUCUGUAAAAUACACUGUUCUUUGUGUACUGUGUGUUAUUUUGCCAGCUGCUGCAUUAGCCUUCAAAAGUAUUUGGAAACUUAAGAUGAACUACAUUUCUUGCAAAGUAUAUUCCUUUCUGUGGUAUUUUGUCCUGUAACUGAAGUAUAGUAAUUAUUUUAUGGAAAUGUUAGCAUUUAUGUACCAACUUUGAAUAAAAUGAAAAAUUUACA